AUGAUUCAUCAAUUAAACAUUGUAUCACUUUUAUUGUUUUUGAUUGGUGUGUCCUCUGAAAAAUGUGAAGCUGGUUAUUAUCAAAGUGAUGGUAAAUGCGUUGAGUGUAAAAAUGGAUAUUAUUCAGUUGGAGGGACUGUUGUCGAAUGCACAAAAUGUGACGAAUUGUGUGCGAUUUGCGAUAAAACAAAUGGGAAUUGCACAAGUUGUGUUAGUGGGUGUAGCUUCAUCGGCCGUAGCUGCUUGUUGUGUCCAGCUGGGUAUUAUUCACCUGGUGGAACACAAUCAUGCACAUUGUGUCGGGCUGGUUAUUACUCGCUUGGUGGUGCUUCUGUGUGUUCAAGUUGUGAUUCUACAUGUGAUAGUUGUGAUAGAACAAAUGGCAACUGCACAACAUGUAAUUCUGGUUAUAUAUUGACGGAUGGCAGAUGCACACCAUGUCGGGCGGGGACGAUUCAAAAUGGCGAUAUGUGUGUGGAGUGUCCAACUAACUAUUACUCACCAAGCGGUUCCAUUUCAUGUAGAAAGUGUGACACGACGUGUGUGACAUGCAAUUCAACAAAUGGGUAUUGCACAUCGUGUCAAGGUGGAUAUGCCACCAACAACAAAGUGUGUACAAUGUGUGCAAGUGGGUAUUACGAGCACAAUAACGCAUGCAAACAAUGUGAGAAUGGGAUGUAUUCGUCAACAAGUGGGAUCACUGCAUGCACGCCGUGUCAGGGUGGGUAUUACAGUCUGAUUGGGUAUUCUGGGUGUGUACAUUGUGAUGAUGUGUGUGGUGAUCACUGUGAUGCUGCAAGUGGGAAGUGUCUGAGUUGCAUAAGUGGAUAUGUCUUACAACCAACGGGAGAGUGUGUUGGAUGUGAAGGUGGGCAAUAUGCAAAUGCAGCAACUAACAGCUGCAAGUUGUGUGCUGCUGGAACGUAUUCAGAGCAGAAUGCAACUUCAUGCACAAGUUGUGGUGAUGGGACGUAUUCCAAAGAAGGUGCCACCAGCUGUACCGCAUGUGCAUCUGUUUGCAACACUUGUGACAAAACAACUGGUGUGUGUCUGACAUGCUAUUCAGGGUAUCAACUGAAUGCUUUGCAGAGCUGUGAGAUAUGCCGACGUGGGACAUACUCAUAUGGCAAAAAAUGUGUUGAAUGUGAAGAGAUGAAAUACCAAAGUAAAGAGGGGCAGUCCCUCUGUCUUGCCUGCAAUACAAACUGUGCGUCGUGUGACAAAACAAAUGGAAAGUGCACCACAUGCAAAGCUGGAUAUGGUUACGACAGUGGAAGUUGCACGGUGUGUCGCGAUGGCUACUAUUCCACAGGCGGGACUGAUGGUUGCAUGUCGUGUCCAGUUGUUUGUGAUAAAUGCAUCAGAGAGAGUGGCGCGUGCUCGUUGUGUUUUUCUGGGUUUAAGAAAGUUGGAGGUGAAUGUACAUCAUGUGCAUCAAAUGGGAAUUGCAAUUCGUGUGAUUCAAACGAAAAUGAGAGCAGCCGGGUGUGUGUCGAAUGCACUGAGAAUUACUAUUUAAAUGAUAAAGACAACAGCUGCAACUUGUGCAACACAAUUGAUGUCAGCUGUGUAAAAUGUUCACGAAGUGCAAAGGUGUGUGUUGCAUGCAAAGAAGACUUUGUGACAGAUGGCACUUCGUGUUACAAAUGUGGUGCAAGCGAAGUCAAAAUCGACACACAAAGCUGCAUGAAAUGUUAUGACGCCAUCAACAACUGCAACGAUUGCACUUUCACAAACACCACCUUUGUGUGUGUUAGAUGUUUUGCGCCAUAUGCGGUGUCAACUAACAGCAAGUCGUGUGUGUUGGGUUACACUGAGGGUAGUUAUUACAACUACGACACAAAGACAUCAACAUUGAAUUAUGAUAAUUGUGUGAGACAGGUGAACACAACGUGUAUACGAUGCAAAAACACUCUGCUUGUCAACGGAAGUUGCAUUGGUGUUGACAGUAAUUGCAAAAAACACUCGACAACGACGUGUGAUGUGUGUGCGACAGAAGUUAUCACAACAGCAAACUGUGGAGAAACCACAAAUAACUGCAAAUACACAAAAGUUGUGAGUGGUGUUGGUGAGUGUCUCCAAUGCAAAAGUGACGAGCUGUGUGGACUGCAACAGCAGCACUGCGCAAUGUCAAACAACUUAUUUUGUUAUUUGGCAGUAACUGGAUAUUCUUCAACAACAAAUGGAAUUUUGGAGUGUGUGGGUGGCAGUCUUUGUAUUCAAAUCGGCAACGAUGAAAUUGAUUAUAAGUGUGCAAAUCCAUAUGUGUUUGAUGGCAAAUACAAAUGUCAUGACGAUGUCAAAUGCAGCAUAAUGAAGUCGAGUGAUUGUGUUGGAUGCACCACAAAUCACCACAUUGAAGACUACACGUGCACACAAAACACAAUUGCAAACUGUGAAAUUCAAAACAAAGACAUUUGCAUCAAAUGCGAUGCAACAACAAUCACAUCAGAUGGGAAGUGUUACUCAACUGGCAGUGUCGACUGUGCUGUGUUUGAUGGUGUGUGCAAGAAUUGUGCAGCAGACAAGUACAAAACACUUGAGAGGUGUGAGUUGAUAGAAACACAACUCCCAUCAUGCCAGUUUGUUAUUGGAGAACACUGCGCUGAGUGUCAAACCAAGCACAAUUUGAUCAACGGCAUUUGUGUGACAAACACACAACAAAACACAACAAACAAUUAUUUUAAAUCCAUUUCAAAUCAAUUGCAAAACACACAACAAAAAAAUUAUAAAAGUGGCACCAAAACGUUAUUGAAAUUGGAAGAAAACGACGCGUCGAAUUGCAUUGAAAAAUGUUCAAAGGGAUGUUUGCGAUGUGCUGCCACGUAUUAUAUACAAAAUGGUGCUUGUGUGCAGUGCGAGUACCCCUGCAUACACUGCUCCAAUUUGACAUUCUGCACAAAGUGUGACCAAUACUCGUAUCCAAACACAAAUGGCAUUUGCACAACUCUUGGAGAAAUCAUUACAACAUGCUUGGCAAUGAUGCCAAAUUACGAUGGAUGCGCUAUUUGCAAAGAUGGUUACAAAAGAUCCACCGAUGGCAAAAGUUGUGACAAAUGCGAUGAGUCGUGUGCAACGUGUGAUGUCUUUGGCAAUUGCAUUGACUGCAACAACACAUUCUAUCGAAUCGAUACAAGUGAAAAAUACUGCAGACCACAAAGUGAGUUAGUUGGAUGUGUUAAUUCGAGUACUUGUGGCUGCUUGAUAUGUGAAGAUGAGUAUUAUUUAAAUACAAAUAAAUGUGAAAAAUGUGAUGACAACUGCACACUCUGCACAUCACUGAAUGAGUGCACAUAUUGUGUUGCAACACACAUUUUAGUCGAUUCACAGUGUGUUCAUUUUUCAACUGUUUCAAAUUGUAUUUCUGCAUCUGACAACAAGUGCGCGCAAUGUGCUGACAACUACAAAGUCAAUACAAAAGGCACUCAAUGCGACAAAAAGACGAACUAUGGCUUGGACGUUGUUCUUCCUGUUGUCCUGACAUUAUUAUUUUUGGUAUUUCUUUCUGUAGUGAUAUAUACAAUUUUUUAUCUUUUUAAUAAAAAGCAGAAGAAAGACAGAGAAAAAGGAAUAUGUGUAUUUUCGAUGAAAAAAUCGAAUAUUCCAAUGAAAGUACUUGGAAACAAAAUUUUGACAAAUAAGACUGAAAUUUGUUUUAAUGAAGUUGAUGAUUUUGAAGAUUUGCUUAAAGUCAAUGUUGAAAGUCGUGAACUUGUUUGUGUUGAAAACUCUUCAAAAGAUGUUUUAAAAAUUCAAAUCACAACACAAAACAUUUCACAAAAGUACGCAAUAAGAACAGAACCAAAAAUAGUGACUUUAAAAAAAGGAUUUGCAUGUGAAUUUGAAGUCUAUAUAACGCCAUAUUGUUGUCUUAAUUUGAAUGACAAAGUUGCUAUCAUAUCAUUGAAUUUGAACACAGGAUUGUCUUCAACAUCUUUUGUUGGUAUAAGUGCCAAAACAGAAAACUCUACACAUUUAGAUUACGAUGAGUUGUUAGAAGACAAGAAACUUGGUGAAGGAUCUUUUGGCAUUGUGUAUAAAGGAAAUUACAGAGGAAAUAUUGUUGCAAUUAAAAAGAUGAAACAAAUUGACAAUUCAUUAGAUGACAAUUCGAUUGAUGAAUUUACAAAGGAAGUUGAAAUGCUUGACAAAUUCCGCAGUGAGUAUAUCAUUCAUUUUUAUGGUGCGGUGUUUAUACCAAGCAAGGUAUGUAUGGUCACCGAAUUUGCACCAUUUGGCAGUUUACAAGACUUAAUUAAAAACAAAACAAGUGAAGAAGUUGAAUUGAAAAUGAGGGUUAAAAUGAUAGUAGAUGCGGCAAAGGGAAUAUCAUAUUUACACGAAAAUGGGAUUUUACACAGAGAUAUCAAACCAGACAACAUUCUUGUGUUAUCACUCGAUUCAAAUGAAAACGUGAAUGCAAAAUUAACUGACUUUGGGUCAAGUAGAAAUAUCAAUUUGUUAAUGACAAAUAUGACAUUUACAAAAGGUGUUGGAACACCAAAGUAUAUGGCGCCUGAAGUUUUAAAACAAGAGAAAUACACCAAAAGUGCCGAUAUUUUUUCGUUUGGAAUAACAAUCUAUGAAGUGGUUGGGUGGUGUAAAGCAUAUCCAACAGAGACUUUCAAGUUUCCAUGGAAAAUUGCGGAGUUUGUGAUGUCAGGAAAGCGACUCGAAAGACGUGAAAAUAUACCCGUCAAUUUGUAUGAAAUUAUUCAAGCGUGUUGGGUUCGAGAAAAAGCAAACAGAGUCUCCAUUGAUGAAAUAGUUAAUAUGCUAAUAAUAUGA